CCCCGCCCCGCGCUGCCGCCGCCGGGGCCCGGCACCGCCGCCGCCAGCACCGGGCCCCGCUCCGCCGCCGCCGCCGGGCGGCUGUGCCGUGACCAGCACCCCAACCCAGCGCGCCGCCAAGGGGGCAAGAGUGCCCCAAGCCCCCUUCCACCAUGUUCAACCUGAUGAAGAAAGACAAAGAGAAGGAUGGGGCCCGGAAGGAGAAAAAGAAAGAGAAGAAGGAGCGAAUGUCAGCUGCUGAGCUCAAGAGCCUGGAGGAGAUGAGCAUGCGCCGGGGCUUCUUCAACCUCAACCGUGCCUCCAAGCGGGACUCCAAGACCCGCCUGGAGAUCUCCAACCCCAUCCCCAUCAAGGUGGCCAGUGGCUCCGAACUGCACCUCACGGACAUCGACUCAGAUAGCAAUAGGGGCAGUGUCAUCUUGGACUCGGGCCACCUGAGCACGGCCAGCUCCAGUGACGAUCUCAAGGUGGACGAUGGCAACUUCAAGGGCUCGGUGCUGCAGCGGGCUGCCAAGUUUGGCUCCUUGGCCAAGCAGAACUCCCAGGUGAUUGUCAAACGCUUCUCCUUCUCCCAGAAAAGCCGGGACGAGAGCACCUCGGAGACCUCCACCCCCUCUGAGCACUCGGCAGCCCCCUCCCCGCAGGUGGAGGUGCGCAUGCUGGAGACUCCGCUUGACAAGCAAGGGGUUGCCCCUGGACAGCCCUACACCCCUCCCGCCACCUCCCUGCGUACCAGGGUGCCGGAGCCCAUCGGCAAGAGGUUUCCCACCGAGCUGCGGCUGCCUGCCUUGGUGCCCCCCCAGCCCCCGACUCCACGCCAGCUGGAGCUGCAGAGGCGCAACACCGGUGAUUUCGGCUUCUCCCUGCGCCGCACCACCAUGCUGGACCGGGGGCCCGACGGGCAGGUGUACCGGCGCGUCGUGCAUUUCGCCGAGCCUGGAGCCGGCACCAAAGACUUGGCGCUGGGGUUGGUGCCGGGUGACCGGCUGGUGGAAAUCAACGGGCUAAACGUGGAGAACAAAUCCCGGGAUGAGAUCGUGGAGAUGAUCCGGCAGUCGGGGGAGACGGUGCAGCUGAAGGUGCAGCCCAUCCUGGAGCUGAGCGAGCUGAGCCGGUGCUGGCUGCGGGGCGGCCAGGGGACACGCCGUGCUGCCUGGGAUAAGCAGCAGACCAGCGAGAAGCGGCCGACCCCUGUGAAAACUGCCCCGACACCCCCCCAGCAGGCUGGCCCCGGUCCCGUGUCCCAGCUGAGCCCAUCUGAGGAAGCACAGCUCCGACUGGAGAGGAUCUUCACUACUUCUCUGGACCCUGCCGCCUCCGCCUCAGCACCCAGCCAGGUACUGUACCCCCGUCCUCAGGAACCCUCUGCCUCCACCAGCGACCCCCCGCCAUCCUCUGUGUGCCGCUGGGCUGGCGUCUGCGCCCGUGCCUCGUGCUGGAGCGGUCCAGUGGACGAUGCGCCGGCAGCUCCCCUUGGCCCCAUCCCUGCUGCAGCUCAGGCCAAGACAGAGGAGCAGAUAGCGGCUGAGGAGGCCUGGUACGAGACCGAGAAGGUGUGGCUGGUGCACAGGGAUGGCUUCUCCUUGGGCAGCCAGCUGCAGCAGGAGGCUGGCAGUCCCCUGCCCGAGGGCAAGGUGAAGGUGAAACUGGACCAUGACGGAGCUGUCCUGGAGGUGGAGGAGGAUGAUGUGGAGAAGGCGAACCCCCCAUCGUGUGACCGCGUGGAGGACCUCGCCAGCCUCCUCUACCUCAACGAGUCCAGCGUGCUGCACACGCUGCGGCAGCGCUACGGCGGCAACCUCCUGCACACCUACGCCGGGCCCACCAUGGUCAUCAUCAACCCGCUGAGCUCCCCCUCCAUGUACUCUGAGAAGGUCAUGCACAUGUUCAAGGGGUGCCGCAGGGAGGACACAUCCCCGCACAUCUACGCGGUGGCCCAGGCCGCGUACCGCAGCAUGCUGAUGAGCCGCCAGGACCAGGCCGUGGUGCUGCUGGGCGCCAGCGGCAGCGGCAAGACCACCAACUGCCAGCACCUGGUCCAGUACCUCGCCACCAUCUCCGGCAGCACCAGCAAGGUCUUCUCCGCGGAGAAGUGGCAGGCUCUCUACACCAUCCUGGAGGCUUUUGGCAAUAGCAGCACCGGCAUGAACGGCAACGCCACCCGCUUCUCCCAGAUCAUCUCUCUGGACUUCGACCAGGCUGGGCAGGUGGCAUCCGCCUCCAUACAGACACUGCUGCUGGAGAAGCUGCGCGUGGCCAGGCGCCCGGCCAAUGAGACCACCUUCAACGUCUUCUACUACCUGCUGGCCUGCUCCGACAGCACCCUGCGGACUGAGCUUCACUUCAACCAUCUUGCAGAGAACAACGUCUUCGGCAUCGUGCCCCCCUCCAAGCCAGAGGAAAAGCAGAAGGCGACCCAGCAGUUCAGCAAGCUCCUGGCAGCCAUGAAGGUGAUGGGCAUCUCGGGUGAUGAGCAGAAAGCCUUCUGGCUUGUUCUGGGGGCCAUUUACCACCUGGGAGCUGCUGGGGCCACCAAAGACGCCGACGAAGCCGGGAGGAAGCAGUUUGCACGGCACGAGUGGGCUCAGAAAGCUGCGUACCUGCUGGGCUGCAGCCUGGAGGAGCUCUCCUCUGCCAUCUUCAAGCACCAGCCCAAGGGCACCCUGCAGCGCUCCACCUCCUUCCGACAGGGCCCCGAUGAAUCUCCCCUGGGGGAUGGUGGAACAGGUCCCAAGCUGACGGCGCUGGAGUGCCUGGAGGGCAUGGCAUCUGGUUUGUACUCCGAGCUCUUCACCCUCCUCAUCUCCCUCCUCAACAGGGCGCUGAAGUCGAGCCAGCACUCGGUGUGCUCGGUGACAGUGGUGGACACCCCCGGGGCGCAGAACCCUGAGCUGGCAGGGCAGAGCCGAGGGGCCACCUUCGAGGAGCUCUGCCACAACUAUGCCCAGGAGCGCCUGCAGCUCCUCUUCCACCAGCGCACCUUCGCCCGCGAGCUAGAGCGAUACAAGGAGGAGAACAUAGAGCUCACCCUGGCUGAUGCUGAGCCCAGCUCCUCUGGCUCCAUAGCUGCUGUAGACCAGUCCUCACACCAGGCACUGGUCCGGUCACUGGCCCGCACAGACGAGGCACGGGGGCUGCUGUGGCUGCUGGAGGAGGAGGCACUGCAGCCGGGUGGCAACGAGGACACCUUGUUGGAACGGCUCUUCUCGUACUAUGGCCCACAGGAAGGGGGCAAGAAAGGGCACAACCCUCUGCUCCCCAGUGACAAGCCCCGACACUUCCUCCUGGGCCACAGCUCGGGGACUAACUGGGUGGAGUACGAUGCCACUGGAUGGCUCAACUAUGUCAAGCACAACCCAGCCUCCCAAAAUGCCUCCGUCCUGCUGCAGGAGUCCCAGAAGAAGGUGAUCAGCAGCCUCUUUGCCGGCCGUGGCGGGUCAGCGCUGGUGCUGUCGGGCUCGGUGGCGGGGCUGGAGGGGGGCUCCCAGCUGGCCCUGCGCCGGGCCACCAGCAUGCGCAAGACCUUCACCACCGGCGUGGCCGCCGUCAAGAAGAAAUCCCUCUGCAUCCAGAUCAAGCUGCAAGUGGAUGCCCUCAUCGACAGCAUCAAGAAGUCCAAGCUCCACUUCGUGCACUGCUUCCUGCCCAAGGCUGCGGGGGGCAGCGGGGACCCCCAGGCUGUGCCGUGCCGGCGGGUGAGCGGCAGCGAGCUGGAGCUGCCGGCGGAGCACUGCGAGGCCGGGCUCAUGCAGCUGGACGUGCCCCUCCUGCGCGCACCUCGCGGCUCCCGCCUGCUCGACGCCCUCCGCAUGUACCGCCAAGGUUACCCUGACCACAUGGUCUUUGCGGAGUUCAGGCGGCGCUUUGAUGUCCUGGCCCCACACCUGACCAAGAAACACGGGCGCAACUACAUCGUGGUGGAUGAGAAGCGGGCAGUGGAGGAGCUCCUGGAGUCGCUGGACCUGGAGAAGAGCAGCUACCACAUGGGCUUGAGCCGGGUGUUUUUCCGGGCUGGAUCACUGGCCAAGCUGGAGGAGCAGCGGGACACACAGACCAGCAGGAACAUCACCCUCUUCCAGGCAGCGUGCAGGGGCUUCCUGGCACGGCAGCACUUCAAGAAGAGAAAGAUCCAGGAUUUGGCCAUCCGGUGCGUGCAGAAGAACAUCAAGAAGAACAAGGGGGUGAAGGACUGGCCGUGGUGGAAGCUCUUCACCACUGUGCGGCCCCUCAUCGAGGUGCAGCUCACCGAGGACCAGAUCCGUGGCAAAGACGAAGAGAUCCAGCAGCUGAAGAGCAAACUCGAGAAGGUGGAGAAGGAGCGUAACGAGCUGAGGCUCAACAGCGACCGCCUGGAGAGCAGGAUCACAGAGCUGACAUCGGAGCUGACGGACGAGCGGAACACCGGCGAGUCGGCCUCCCAGCUGCUGGACGCCGAGACAGCCGAGAGGCUGCGGGCUGAGAAAGAGAUGAAGGACCUGCAGGCAAAGUACGAUGCCCUGAAGAAGCAGAUGGAGUCGAUGGAGAUGGAGGUGAUGGAGGCUCGGCUCAUCCGGGCGGCCGAGCUCAACGGGGAGCUUGAUGACGAUGAUUCAGGCGGCGAAUGGCGGCUGAAAUAUGAGCGGGCAGUGCGGGAGAUCGACUUCACCAAGAAACGGAUGCAGCAAGAACUGGAGGACAAGCUGGAGGUGGAGCAGCAGGGCAAGAGGCAGCUGGAGCGGAAGCUGGCCGACCUGCAGGCAGACAGCGAGGAGAGCCAGCGGGCGCUGCAGCAGCUGAAGAAGAAGUGCCAGCGCCUGGCUGCUGAGCUGCAGGACACCAAGCUGCACCUCGAGGGACAGCAAGGACGCAACCAUGACCUGGAGAAGAAGCAGAGAAGGUUUGACAGCGAGCUCUCUCAGGCACACGAGGAGGCGCAGCGGGAACGGCUGCAGCGGGAGAAGCUGAGUCGCGAGAAGGAUGUGCUGGUGGCUGAGGUCUUUGGCCUCAAGCAGCUGCUAGAGGACAAGGACUUGGACAUCGCAGGGCUGACACAGAAGGCGGAGGCGCUGGAGGCAGAGCUGCAGGACAUCUCCUCCCAGGAGUCAAAGGAUGAAGCCUCCCUGGCCAAGGUGAAGAAACAGCUGAGGGACCUGGAGGCGAAGGUCAAAGACCAGGAGGAGGAACUGGAUGAGCAGGCUGGGACCAUCCAGAUGCUGGAGCAGGCGAAGCUGCGGCUGGAGAUGGAGAUGGAGCGGCUGCGGCAGACCCACGCCAAGGAGGUGGAGAGCCGUGACGAGGAGGUGGAGGAGAUCCGGCAGUCGUGCCAGAAGAAGCUGAAGCAGAUGGAAGUGCAGCUGGAGGAGGAGUAUGAGGACAAGCAGAAGGUGCUGAGAGAGAAACGGGAGCUGGAGAGCAAGUUAUCUGCUGUCAGCGAGCAGGCCAACCAGCGGGACUUCGAGAGAAAACGCCUGCGCCGGGACCUGAAGAGAACGAAAGCGCUGCUGGCUGAUGCUCAGAUCAUGCUGGACCACCUGAAGAACAACGCACCCAGCAAGAGGGAGAUCACCCAGCUCAAGAACCAGCUGGAGGAGUCGGAGUUCACCUGCGCAGCUGCUGUCAAGGCCCGCAAAUCCAUGGAGGUGGAGAUCGAGGACCUCCAUCUGCAGAUCGAUGACCUCUCCAAGGCCAAGGCAGCGCUGGAGGAGCAGCUGAGCCGGCUGCAGCGGGAAAAGAAUGAGGUGCAGAGUCGGUUGGAGGAGGACCAGGAAGACAUGAAUGAGCUGAUGAAGAAGCACAAGGCGGCUGUAGCUCAGGCAUCCCGGGACCUGGCGCAGAUGAAUGACCUCCAGGCACAGCUGGAGGAGGUCAGCAAGGAGAAGCAGGAGCUGCAGGAGAAGCUGCAAGGCCUGCAGAGCCAGCUGGAGUUCCUGGAGCAAUCCAUGGUGGACAAGUCACUGGUGAGCCGCCAAGAAGCCAAGAUCCGCGAGCUGGAGACCAGGCUGGAGUUCGAGCGGACGCAAGUCAAGCGCCUGGAGAGCCUGGCCACGCGGCUGAAGGAGAACAUGGAGAAGCUGACGGAGGAGCGGGAUCAGCGCGCAGCCGCCGAGAACCGGGAGAAGGAGCAGAACAAGCGGCUGCAGCGACAGCUCCGUGAUGUCAAGGAGGAGAUGGGCGAGCUGGCCAAGAAAGAGGCAGAGGCCAGCCGCAAGAAGCACGAGUUGGAGAUGGACCUGGAGAGCCUGGAAGCCGCCAACCAGAGCCUGCAGUCAGACCUGAAGCUGGCCUUCAAGCGCAUCGGGGACCUGCAGGCAGCCAUCGAGGAUGAGAUGGAGAGUGACAGCAACGAGGACCUUAUCAACAGUGACGGUGACUCAGAUGUGGACUCGGAGCUGGAGGAGCGUGUGGAUGGGGUGAAGUCUUGGCUCUCCAAGAACAAAGGCUCCUCCAAAGCGCUCUCUGAUGACGGCAGCCUGAAGGGCAGCAGCCCCACGAGCUCCCGGCACACCUUCACCUAUGACAGAUGGGACGAGGAGCAGGACGCCGGGGACAGCACACGCCGCUCCUCCCGCAGCUCCCCCAGUGCCAGCGAGGCGGAGAGCAGGGCUGCUGAGACCCCUGCCUAGCCCCCCAUCACCACUUCCCAACGCCCCAGGAACACUCAGCUCCACGGGGCUGCCCCGGGCAGCCGGUAUUUCUUCUGUGUGGGGUGGGGGGGACACACUCAGCCUCCCCCCGGCCAUGGGGGGAGCAGCCCGGCCGGCUCGCUGGCUGCACCCCCCACCUUCCCACCUCCUAUCUGUCCUUGGCGGUGGAGUCGGCUGCUCCGGCACCCUGGAUUCAUUCCUCAGUGCCUGCUGGCUCCUUAUUUUAUAACUUAAACUCCCCCUCCUCUUACGCCCCUUUUAGUUGAGCCAAAGACGUCUCUCGCUGGCCGGGCCCUGGGGAGCAGCCGCCUGGCAGCCGGGAAGGGGAUGUGGGGACGGGGUCCCACGUGUCCACUGGGGUUUUCAACAGCCCCCCCAGCCCCCCACUCCUGCCUGGCUGUUUUGCACUAGCUCAGCUGUGCAUCCCACCACACCCCCUUUACUUUCAGUAUGAAAAUAAACAUCAUUUCUGGCUGGUGA